GCGAGACGCGGCUGCGCGCGGAGGGGAGGCGGGCUCUGGGGCCCUGGGAACGCGCGCGCGCGCGCGCGCGGCGAGGGGCGCAGGCAUGGCCCCGGCGCGGCGCUGCUCCUGAGGGUGGGGGAGCUGGGGGCUACACCCCGUGGCUCCACCGCCUGGUACCGCCAGGACGGGGGUCCCGUGUGCAGCUGGCCGCGAAAGCUGCUGCCUCCCGAGCCUCGCACCAGUCCCCCCGCCCCAUGGCCCUGCGCGGGCCACUCCGAGUUCCGGCUUCCAGAGGAGGCUCCGGCAGGCGGCCAACGCUGGGCCGGCAGCCCAGCCUCCGCGCGCCGCCUAGGCUGCGACCUCGAGUCCUCGGCCCACGGCAGCCACGCCCAGGGAGCCGCGGAUCCCCGCCCCCCUGGGCCCUCGCCCACCCCGGCCCAGGAGGACGCCCCGCCACAGGACGGUUCUCUUGUCCUUUGGCGAGGAUUCUCCAAGGCGUCUCAACACAUGGGCCGGCUCAGAAACGCCAAGAUCCACGUGGAGAGAGCUAUCAAGCAGAAGAAGAUUUUCAUGAUCCAAGGCCGCUACCCUGUGAUCCGGUGCCUUUUGCGCCGGAGGGGCUGGGUGGAGAAGAAGAUGGUCCAUCACUUGGGUACCACGCUGCCACCACCACACAAGGAUCUGGAUAGCUCAGUCAUGGGUGACAGUGACACCACUGAGGAUGAGGACGAAGAUGAGGAUGAGGCAUUCCGGCCACCACAGCUGUUCGACUUCGAUGAUUUACUGGAAUUUGAUGACCUGCAUGGGACACAUGCUCUGAUGUCGCGCAUGGUUCGGAACGAGAUCCCCUACUUCAUCUGGACCACUCGGCGGGACGUGCUGGACUGUCGCUUCCUCUCCAAGGAUCAAAUGAUAAACCACUAUGCCCGGGCGGGCUCCUUUACCACAAAGGUGGGUCUAUGUCUCAAUCUCCGGAAUUUGCCGUGGUUUGACGAGGCCGAUGCCGACUCCUUCUUCCCGCGCUGCUACCGCCUGGGGGCUGAGGAUGACAAAAAGGCCUUCAUAGAGGACUUCUGGCUGACAGCUGCCCGCAACGUUCUCAAGCUGGUGGUAAAGUCAGAAUGGAAGUCAUACUCUAUCCAAGCAGAAGAGGAAGGGGCUCCAGGUGCAAAGAAGACUGUCAUGUGUCAGGAGCAGGGGCACAAGGGCCUCAGGUGUGUCAGAACUCCCAAGCACAGAGAGGUUGCAGGAGACAAGCAGCCCAAGAAACAGGAGAAAAAGGCAGUGACGGUGUCGCCAGAGUUUGUGGAGGAGGCUCUGUGCGCCUGCGAGGAGCACCUUAACAACCUGGCCCACGUGGACAUUGACAAGGACAUGGAGGCUCCGCUCUACCUGAGCCCUGAGGGCUGGUCCCUCUUCCUCCAGCGCUACUAUCAAGUGGUCCACGAGGGGGCAGAACUCAGGUACCUCGACACUCAGGUCCAGCGCUGUGAGGACAUCCUGCAGCAGCUGCGGGCAGUGGUGCCCCAGAUGGACAUGGAAGGAGAUCGCAACAUCUGGAUCGUGAAGCCGGGAGCCAAGUCCCGUGGACGAGGCAUCAUGUGCAUGGACCACCUGGAGGAGAUGCUGAAGCUGGUGGACGGCAAUCCCAUGGUGAUGAAGGACGGCAAGUGGGUGGUGCAGAAGUAUAUUGAGCAGCCCCUGCUCAUCUUUGGCACCAAGUUUGAUCUGAGACAGUGGUUCCUGGUGACCGACUGGAACCCACUUACUGUGUGGUUCUACCGCGACAGCUACAUCCGCUUCUCUACACAGCCCUUCUCCUUGAAGAACCUGGACAACGCCGUGCACCUGUGCAACAACUCCAUCCAGAAGCACCUGGAGAAUUCGUGCCGCCGACACCCACUGCUGCCCUCAGACAACAUGUGGUCCAGCCAGAAGUUCCAGGCCCACCUGCAGGAGAUGGGGGCCCCGAACGCCUGGUCCACCGUCAUCGUGCCUGGCAUGAAGGCUGCGGUGAUCCACGCCCUGCAGACCUCCCAGGACACCGUGCAGUGUCGGAAGGCCAGCUUCGAGCUCUAUGGCGCUGACUUUGUGUUUGGUGAGGACUUCCAGCCCUGGCUGAUCGAGAUCAACGCCAGCCCCACCAUGGCACCCUCCACGGCUGUCACCGCCCGGCUCUGUGCCGGCGUGCAGGCCGACACCCUGCGUGUGGUCAUCGACCGGCGGCUGGACCGCAACUGUGACACGGGGGCCUUCGAGCUCAUCUACAAACAGCCUGCCGUGGAGGUGCCCCAGUAUGUGGGUAUCCGGCUUCUAGUAGAGGGCUCCACCAUCAAGAAGCCCCUGGCGAUGCGUCACCGGCAAACAGAAGUCCGCCCAGCCCUCCCUCACCUGCUGACCCAGCGAGGCUCUGGGGAAGGCAAGGACUCGGGAACCCUUACCCACAGCCGAGGUAUCAGGAAGUUUAAGGAAGUUGCCCGAGGUUGCACAGCUCAGAAGGGGCAGAGCUGGGAUGCAGACCCAGGUCUGUUGGACUCCAAACCCUGUGUUCUUCCCACGGCCUCUGGAGAAGGAACCAGGUGGGCUCCAUCUGCCCUCACACACCCCAGCCGUCAGCUCCCCCUGCCUCCCCGCCCUCCACGCACACCUGGAGGGGCAGCUGGUCAGCCUGGGGCUCCCCAUGCCCUCACAGCCCAUCACCACUUCCCCACCCUCCACAGCACAGCCCGGCUGUCUUCUCCCCGUGUGCUCCGACCCCAGGGGCGGGGCCUCAGACUGCAGCACAGCAGGCUGGGGGGCUCUGAGGCCCUGUCGACCACAGGCAAGGCCUUGAUGACUCUACCUACUGCCAAGUUUUUGAUUUCCCUCCCACCUAACCCUGAGCUCAUGCUGGCACCCAACGCCCUGAAACCAAGAAAGGCUCUUGCUCCCCAGCGCCUUCAUGGUCCCCCACUUGGAAGUAACUUAUGGUCUCAACCCUUUGAAGUCAGAAAUCUUCCUAGCACCCAUAGGAAGAUCAAGGCCAAAGGCAAGUUCAAGGCCAGACUCUGCGACAAACCCAAGGCUGCGACAUGCCUCAUGACGACACUGAGCCUUCCGGGACCCCUGCCCCUUAUCAGUGCACACCAGGGUCUGGGGGGCAUGAGGGACGUGUGGCUACAGAAGUCCUUGCUUCGAUCGUCACUGCCCUUAUCCUGGACGCAGCGCCAAGUAAAAAAGCAAAUGAAGUAUUUGAGGCUUGGCUCCUUUUCUGUUAGAGGGUGAAGAGAGAGUAGGGCACGGCUGUGUACCCCAAGGUCCAGAACAAGAGCUAGAGGCCAUCAGCAACUCCUCCACAAAGCAAGGCCCAGAGUUCCCACCCCGUGACAGACAUGAGGCAUCCUGUCCAGGGACUCCCCUGGCAUCUCCGAUCUCGGGGUGGGAGGAUAAGUCUCAUGUUACAGAUGAGGAAACUGAGUCUGAACGAGGAGACACGGCUUGCCCAAGAUCACGUGGCAGUGAGCAGAGGGCUGGGACACGUUACCACGACUGCUCAGCCCUGCGGGCCUCCCCAGUCCCCAAGCCCAGAGGAGGAGCUGGGCUGGCAGCAGAGUGACACCUAAUGGGCACAAGAUUUACAGAAGGAGACACAGCAGAGGAGUGGACCCAGCCCUUCUCCAGGUGAAGUGGGUCUGUCCCUUCCUCUGCAAGGGGCCAAGGUCACCUAAAAAGGAAAUACCCAAUAAGCCACACCCAUCUGAAAAAGUCUGGUAUUUCUUAAUUGUAAUGGGUUGAACAUUGGUAUGUCUUCCUGGAACCUGUGAAUAUGACUUUAUUUGGAAAAAAGGGUCUUUGUAGAUGUAAGUACGUUAAAGAUUUUGAGAUGAGAUCAUCCUGGAUUAUCCAGAUGGGGCCUAAAUCCAAUGACAAGUGUCCUUACAAGAGACAGAGGAGAAGACAAACGAGGAGAAGGCCAUGUGGAGACAGGGGCAGAGACUGGUGUGAUGCAGCCACAAGCCAGGAAGAGGCAAGGAAGGCUUCUCACCUAGAACCUUCAGGGAGAGCAAGCCCUGCUGACACCUUGAUUUUGGACUUCUGGCCUCCAGAACUGGGAGAGAAUCCAUUUCUGUUGUUUUAGGCCACUCAGGUUGUGGUAAUUUGUUGCAGCAGCAGCCCUAGGAAACUAACACACUAGUCAAAUGAAGAUACACAUAUUCUGUAUAUUUAUGAAUCCAUUCUUGCACAGCUGAACCAGGAGAUGCGUACAAGCAGGCUCACAGCAGCACUGUGGUAACAGCUGACGACCUAAGUGUCCAUUAACAGUCAGAUGGAUAGACUGCAAGCUCUGACAUUCCAACUCCGCGCCGCACAACGGAUGCAUUUCACAGGGUGGAGCGAGAACAAGUCACAAAAGGAUAUAUGCAGCACAAUUCCAUUCCAACAGAAACUUCAGAAACAGGGCAAAAUGAAAUAUAUUGUUUAGGGAUGCAUGUACAUGUGGUAAAACUCUGAAAAACAAACAAGAAUUCUCCCAAGUCUGGGCAGUGGUUUCCAACCUUGACUGAACAACAGUACCCAUUCCAGAGCUUUUAAAAAAGAUCUGAUGCCAGGGUCUCCAUCCCAGACUGGUGAAACCAGUAUCUUUGGGGUGCAGUCAUGGGAGGCACGGGUGUUUUUUUUAAGCUUUCUGAGUGGGCAGGGUAGGGGGUUCUCAUGUCGGGCCAGGGUUGAGAGCUGCUGUUGUCUAGGAUAGGAGAAGGGAUGCUUCUAUUUUGUGCCGAGUGGUGGUUAUGUGGGUGUCACCUUAUGAGUUGUUCUUUAAAUCACAGAGAUGUUUUAUGCACUCUGUAUGUUUCAUAUAUUUCACGGUUUUUUAAAGUGAAAGAUCUAACAUCUUCACUUAAAUGAGUAGUCAAAUACAUAGGGACAGACGACAGAAUGGUGGCAACUGGGGCUGGGAGGGGUGGGGGAUGGGAGUUAGUGUUUAAUGGGGACAGAGUGUCAGUUUGGGAAGAUGAGAAAGUUCUGGAGAUGGAUGGUGGUGAUGG